UCAGACUGAUAAUAAAGAAGUUAGAACAAUGGGAGUGACUAAUCUGUGGCAAAUCCUGGAGCCUGUGAGACAACCUGUCAACUUGAGCAGUCUCAAGGGAAAAACACUUGCUGUUGAUUUAAGUCUAUGGGUUUGUGAAGCACAGACUGUUAAAAAAAUGAUGGGAGUAGUUACCAAGCCACAUCUGAGAAACCUAUUUUUUCGGUACUCUUUCUUAACGUCAAUGGGAAUUAAACUAGUAUUUGUCAUGGAAGGAGAAGCCCCAAAGCUGAAAGCAGGCACCAUAAGUAAGAGGAAUGAGAUGCGCUAUGGACCUUCAAAGAAAGUCGGAGCUGCAAGAACAGGGAGAUCAUUAUUUAAAGCCAUUUUAAAAGAGUGUCUCGAACUGCUGGAGUGUUUAGGGGUCCCUUGGGUUCAAGCAGCUGGGGAAGCAGAAGCAAUGUGUGCCUACCUAAAUGCAAAAGGACAUGUUGAUGGAUGCAUUACCAAUGAUGGAGAUGUCUUCUUAUAUGGUGCUCAAACAGUUUAUAGGAACUUUGCCAUGAAUGCUAAGGAUCCAUAUCUUGACUGUUACACAAUGUCAUCUAUUAAGGAGAAGCUUGGUUGUGACAGAGAGUCUCUGAUUGGGCUGGCCAUUCUUCUGGGUUGUGAUUAUAUUCCAAAGGGUGUUCCAGGAGUUGGGAAGGAACAGGCUUUAAAGUUAAUUGAGACUUUGCGAGGUGAAAACUUACUGGAAAGGUUUGAGCAAUGGAAAGAACAAUUUCAGUAUGAUAAUAAUCCACUUCUGGUUGUUAAAAGAGAAAUUCACUGUUCUGAGUGCCAUCAUCCGGGAUCAUACAAGGAACAUGAGCACAGUGGAUGUCAGUUCUGCAAAAGCUCUAGAUACUGCAAACCCAAUGACUCCAAACACUGCUGUCCUUGUGAAUGGCAUCGGUUAGAACGAGUGAAACAAGCAAAUGCAGUGGAGGACAAUAUCAGAAAAAAAGCUAAGAGUUGUGAGGGGUUUCCAUUCUCUCAGGUUAUCCAAGAAUUUCUUGUAAACAAGAAUAAAUUGAUGAACAUAAAGGAAUAUCAAAGGCCAAAUUUAUUGUCUUUUCAGAUAUUUGCAGCUGAGAAGAUGGAAUGGGCCAAACAUUAUGCUUGUAAGAAACUGUUAGGACUAUUGACACGAUAUGAUAUGAUCCAGAGAAAAUCUGGAUACACCAAUUCAAAACAACUGCAGGCAAUACGGAUAGUCAAGACACGUGUUAAAAAUGGAAUUCCUUGUUUUGAAGUCGAGUGGCAAAAACCAGAACAUUAUGUUGAUGCAGAAGAUCAGCCUGCAGAGUUGUUCGUAGUCACAAUAGAAGAGGAGUCUUUGUUUCAAGCUGCUUAUCCUGAUGUUGUUGCCCUUUAUCAAGUGGGAAAGUCAGAAGUUCUGAAUAAGAAACAGAAAAACAGGAAAGACAGACCGAAAGAAAAGGAAUCAUCAAAUGUUUAUGAUGAAGUUAGUGACCUUCUGUCUCAAAUUAAUUUAAAAUCUAGAUGUGGAAUUCUUCCUGGGCCAGACUCCAUGUCAGAUAUAAAACCUCCCCCAGAAGAUCAGGCAUGCCAGAGAAGUACUGAGUCAAAAGCGUUAGCUGAAGGUUCCCAUGUGAUAACUGCUCAAAUGGCAGCAUCAGCAACUGCUCUUCCUCUGACCGUAUCACCUUACUCACUCAUACACGACACAUGGACUGACUCGCCUGUAUUGCCAACACAAGUGACUAAAAAUUCAGAGGUGUCGUUGUAUUCCUCUGUAACAGCUGGUCUUCAGCUGAACAGUAUUGACUGGAAAGGAACCUUGUUCAGUGCUUUACCAGCCCGUGGGGGUGGUACCUGUGAUCCAACGGCUGACUUAACUGAAUGUUUAAAACACAGGGAUCCACUAGUUCAUGAAAUAGCAACAAGUAGCUCAGAAGAUUCUGAUGCUGUGCAGUCUGAUCAGCAUCACUCUGAUAGUGUAGUUGAUCUGGUUUCAGAUGAUGCAAUGGAACAUCUUCAGAAGUGGUCUUUAAGUGAGCGAAUACCUAAGAAGUCUUCUGUUCCAUCAAAGCCCUUGUUGUCUGAAGAUGUAGUGCAAGUGGAGACUUUGGAAUGUUUUAAACAAACAAAAGAAACAUUGAGUGCAGAUAAAGAGAUCUCUUCCUCGUGUCAGUUCAAUAAACAAAUGCAGGGAAGUAAGAAUAUGCUAUCAGAAAACCAUGCAAGAAAAUCUAGUGUACCUGUGGAUCAAGAUCGGUACAAAAAGGCUGACAACCUGGCCAAGAUGAUGCAAAAAGACCGUGAUAUAAGCAGUUCAACAUCUCUAGCCUUCAGUGGGCAACCAGAGACACUCCAUCCUGGGCAUGGAAGACUUCCAGCGUCUAAAAAGCCAGCAGGUGUUGGAAGUGGCUGUCAUGUUGAAAAAGCUUGUACUCAGUCUGCUUGGAAAACUUCUAAAAAGAGUGUGUGUUGGAACAGAUGUUCUUCUAGUGAAGACAGUGAUGACAUGAACAAAAAUCUAAUCUGUGAGCAGCAGAAAAGGCAACCAAACCCUGGUCAGUUUAAAAAAUGUUACAAGAAGAGGAGUAAUGCUGUUACUAGCCAAAGAACAAACAGUGACUCAGCCCUUGUAAUUAAAGGGAAACAGAAAAAGACCGACUUAAAAAAAUCUGGUACUAGCUUCUCAUUGCAAGUAUCUCCAAAACCAUCCUCUGUAGGGGAAGUUAAUUGUUCCCAAAGUCCAGAGCAACCAUUUGAAAGGUUGGGUUCUGGUCCUACGCAACAAGCCAAAAGUGCUCUUCUGACCUGUGCAUGGGCAGACAGUCCCCUUCCCCUGUCUGAAAGGCUAAAAGGAAGAGUAAAAAUCAAUUAGGUUCUCUAUAAAAUAGAUUAUGAUACCAAUUAACUCUGAACAUUCAGAUUUUCCCACAAUUAUUUUCUCAAAGUUUCUGCAUUAUAUUCUUAGCAGUUUUAGUGGACAUGGUCUUGAAUGAGUAAGAAGUGCUGUGGACUGCUGCAUAGUGAUGCUAAAAUUUGAAACUAAAAUGUCAGCAAAAAUACCUAAUAGGUGUUUAUAGGUAAGUGCCAGGUAUUCUGAAGUGGUACAUAAGCAUCAAGAUACAUUGUACAAGGCAGCAGGAGGGUUUAUUCAUGAAAUAAGAAGGUGGGGGGGCGGGUUUCCCAGACAAUUGUAAGGGUUUUGUGCACUGCUGUUGGGCCUUCAGCUUGUAAAAACAGACUUACUAAAAUGGUGCCUGCACAGCUGUUGGAGAUUCUUAAUAAGGCAAGGUGAUAAAGCUCUCUUCAACUGACAUUUUCCAUUUUGCUGCACCAACUUAAUUUUGCUAGUUUUAAAAUGACCUUUCAAAUCCUGGUGUGCCGGUUGUGUUGAUUAUAUCUCUACCAGGUAGAGAUGAACAGCAGAUGUCCCUUGCAGGGCAGCUAAACUUUGCUUUGCGUGUGUGCAUCUUCCAAAGAAUGGAAUAACCCAGGUAAGGAUAUUCUGGUUUUGUAGCUGUCAUACCUAAUAUUUAAAGAAAAUUGAUGGCUGUUUUUAAUCAAACAUUUAUGGUAUGGGAUUUCUUUUUUUCUUAAAAAUUAUAUGAAAUUCCAUCUAACACUCACUUCUACUUAUGACAGAAUGAAGGUUAAGUUACAGAGAAUCAAAAUCUAGUGAGUAUAUUGGAGAUUCUUUGAAUGAUAGAAUGUGUGGUUUUAGAGCAGGAGCAAUUCCACCCUUCGAAGGUGUUCUUCCUCUUUACUGUAGAAGCAAUGUUUGUUCACACACACAGAAAAAGAAUUGUUUUCAACAGCUUAUGAAAGUGCCUCAUUGCUUGCAUUUAAUUGCUCAUAACUUCUAUGGACCAAACAGAAGGAAGGCCACUCUUACCAAGAUACAAAGUUAACAAGAGAAAUUUAGAAUCCCAGCUCCUUAAUGAA